CGUGUGAUUGACUAAACUGCGCGGCACGGAGAGUGAGUGAGAGAGAGAGAGAGAGAGAGAGAGAGAGAGAUCUCGAACAAAUUCACAUGCCAUCGGUCGUGAAUCGCCGUCUAGGGUUUCUCUCCGACUAAUCGGAACCCUAAUUUUCCUCUACUCAGCCUCAGAAGUCAGAUCUAUCGAUUCGGUAAAUCUCUAGUUCUUCACUGCUUUAUUUUUAACAGCCCUAAUUUGUUAGAUUCUUUCUUUUUGAAGCCCUAGAGUGUAAGGGGUUUGUCGAAUUUUGCUUCAUGUAUGGCUUCGGGGACGUUAGGGGAGCUGAGAGAGAGGCAUAAAUGGGGAGAGAAUAACAAGGUGUACACGAGAAAGUUUCGUAACAAACGCCUCAAGAACGACAAUAUCAACGGCGGCGACGGUAAUGGGGCUGUUACCACCGCCAACGGCAGAGAUAGCACCACCGUUGCCGCUGCCGCAUCUUACAAUGACGAAAGCAAUAAUAAUAAGAAUGGUAACAAUGAUGAGAAGAAGAACAGUGACACAGCUCCUCAGCUGUCUCCCCAGACCGUAGCUAUUGAGGAUGUGAAUCCGUCCAACCGUCAGCAAACUGUGGGACAAUUAGAUGUGGUUUCUGACGAUUUGUCAAGCCACGGUAGGCCGCCCCAUGGGAAUGGUGCGACCAAGCCAAUUAUUAGUAGAGUGGAUAAUAAAGUUAGGAUUAGUUUGGAAGGAGAGAGGUCGAAGAGUGAGAUACGUGAGCUAAAGAGGAAGCUAGUUAAUGAGCUUGAUCAGGUGAGGAGUUUAGCGAAGAAGCUUGAAGAUAAGGAAGUUCAGCUUACUGGGUGUUCUACUGUCGGUGAUUAUAGUCAUUUGCAGCAUGUGGGGAAUGAUGAAAGGGCUUUAGUUAGAGUGAAUUCAGAGGUGGGUUCAGUGGGGCAUCAUAAUUCAAGGCCUUUCCAGCCGCUAAUUGUGUCAAUGGAGGUGAAUAACGGGGUUAGUGAUUUUGUUGAGAAAGAGAAGAGAACUCCAAAAGAAAAUCCAUAUUACCAAAAAUCGGACUUCCUUCUUGGAAAGGGCAGGUUACCACAUGCAGAGAACAACAAGAAAUUGAAAUCCCAUAGCCGGAAGAAGCAUGGUGGGGAAAUGAGACAUGCAUAUGGUAUGGAUAAGUAUGCUAUUCAAGUAAUGAAGACUUGUUACAAUUUGCUCUCGAGGUUGAUGAAGCACAAGUAUGCUUGGGUGUUUAAUAAGCCAGUCGACGCCAAGGCCCUUGGGCUCCAUGACUAUCAUGUUGUCAUUAAGCAACCUAUGGAUUUGGGUACAGUUAAGAGUAGGUUAUCAAAGAAUUGGUACAAGUCUCCAAGAGAAUUUGCCGAGGAUGUGAGACUCACAUUUCGUAAUGCGAUGACGUAUAAUCCGAAGGGGCAAGAUGUUCACAUUAUGGCUGAGGAGUUGUCCAAGAUUUUCGAAGAGAAGUGGGCAGCUAUGGAGUCUGAGUAUAAUACAGAUUGGAGAUAUGAACUGGUUCAUGAUGUAGAUUUGCCUACUCCUACAUCAAGAUAUUUUCAACCUCCUCCCCCACAACUGCCUGUUCCUGAAGUGAGGAAUUGGGAGAGAGCAGAAUCUGUAACAGGUGUAAGUCCUGCAGAUUAUAAUAUGAAACCCAAUGCUUCUGUUGGAAGGACUUUAGUUCCAAAAAAGCCUAAAGCAAAGGAUCUUAACAAAAGGGACAUGGCUUAUGAGGAGAAACAGAGGCUUAGCACAAACCUUCAGAGUUUACCCUCAGAAAAACUGGACAACAUUGUCCAGAUCAUUAAGAAGAGGAAUUUGGCAGUUACUCAACAUGACGAUGAGAUAGAAGUGGACAUUGACAACGUUGAUGCAGAAACACUUUGGGAACUUGAUAGGUUUGUGAGUAAUUACAAGAAAAGUUUGAGUAAGAAGAAAAGAAGAGCCGAACUUGCUCUCCAAGUGAGAGCAGAAGCGACACCUGCUGUCCCAGCAAUGAACCCUUCAUCGGCCAUUAUGGACGCACCAAAAGAAUCUAAAACAGCAGAUGAAAAGAAUGCUGCUGCUGCUGCUCCUCCUGUUCAAAGGGAAAGGCAAGGGGAUAAUGUUAGUAGGUCUAGUAGUUCAAGCAGUUCUAGCAGUGGCUCUGGUUCUUCAAGUGGUAAAUUGGUUUUAGUUAGAAGCUAUUAUUCUGAGAGUGAUAGUUCCUCUGGAUCAGAUGGAAGGCAUUCACCUAGUACUUGAGUGGAUGCUGUCAAGUUAUGAGAUUCUACUGUGAAAAAGCAUUGAUAGACAUUGUCUUCUGCAAAUCUGUACCCAUUGUUCAGUCAGCAAGAGAACAGUUGGGCAAAGCAAGAUCUGAUGGGCUUUUAAUGUUGCUGUGAUUAACCGUAAAACCUUGGUUUUGAAUCCUCCAGUUAGGAGUCGAGCCUCUGGAAUGUAUCUCAUUUUUUGUGCUCUACUAUACUUUAGCUAGUGUUCAGCAACUCGUAUUUCUGAAAUUUCCUACGCUCCCUUUGCCCCUCACGCCGUUAAUGUGUCUGGCAAAGCUGUUUUAGCCAUCACAGCAUCUUGUCAGCAACAAUCUCGUUUGUGCUUGGAAAAAUCAUGAAGUUUAUGAGUUCAUUAAUGUGCUGUCAGUAAUAAUGGUUAUCUCUUAAAUGGGAAGUUUUUGGACCUGCUGAUAAUAAAAAAUUGCCUGUGGGUUGCAUCAUAGUCUUCCAUUGAAGGUUCCCACCUUAAGAAACAGAUGAUACUGAGAACCACAAUUAGAUUUGUUAAUAUUGGCCCUGAUAAAGUUUUCAUCUUCAAACACUCUACAUGGACGACAUUAAAUUGUGGGUUUUUGAUUGAUUUUUUUUUUAUGCUGACUAGCAGUGUUUAUUUGAUGUAUAUUUUUUCAGUUUCCCAUGCU